AUGGGAAAAGGAACAGAUAAACUUUAUAUCACUCACUCGGAGUGGGCAUCGGAGGAUGCUUUCUCGGCCAGUGCAGGCGCUGGCGUUUCCAAGUCCAAGAAGGGUGGCCCUCACGCAGCGUUCAAACGGUUGCCGUUCAAUUUUUGCUCCCUCUCCCUCCAACCGUUUUCGCAUCCGGUUUGCACACAAACAGGCACACUCUUUGACCUCACGAAUAUUCUGCCUUGGAUUAAAAGACAUGGAACAAACCCCGUCGAUGGUUCGCCGUUGAAGAGCUCGGAGUUGAUCAAGUUGACUAUUGCGAAAAAUGAGGAUGGUGACUACGUUGACCCGGUCACUUUUAAGAUCUUGACGGAUAACACGCAUAUUGUCGCGCUGCGAAAUACGGGCAACGUAUUCUCCUGGGAUACAGUAGAGCGACUGAACAUUAAAGGGAAAUUGUGGCGCGACUUGGUUACAGACGAGGAAUUCAGCCGGAAGGAUAUUAUCACCUUGCAGGACCCGCAGAACAUUGAAUCACGCAACCUCAGCUCGUUCAAUUAUAUCAAAGAAGGAGAGACUGGAAUUUUGGAUGGAAAGCAAGCUUCUGGAAGCGUUAAUGCCGAUGCACUCGGCAGCUCAGCGAAGAUUUUGAAAGCCAAAGAGGCCGUGGCAAAGGCGCGCGCCGAUCGGGCCCAGCAGGCUGGCUCUGCUGGAUCCAAAGCAGUUUCAAAGACCGGGCCUGCGGGUACUACCAAGCCUGGCGUUACACAACCUGGAAAACCGACACCCUACAAUGCCGCCAAAUUCACCACAGGAAAGGCGGCUGCCUCCUUUACCAGUACGGGGCUGACACCACACACGUCCGCCGAACUUGCAUUGCUGUCAGAAGAAGAUUAUAUGCUCAAGCGCGGUCGCGUGAAGGCCAAGGCUUACGCGCGCAUUGUAACCACCGCUGGCCAUCUGAAUCUGGAGCUGUAUCCUGAACAUGCCCCCAAGACGGUUUGGAACUUCAUUCAGCUGGCCAAAAAGGGCUACUAUAAGAAUGUGCCUUUCCACCGCAAUAUCAAAGGUUUCAUGCUUCAGGGUGGUGAUCCCACAGGUACUGGCCGGGGUGGAGAGAGUAUCUGGGGCAAAUAUUUUGCCGAUGAGUUCGAUGGACCUUUGAAGCACGAUGCUCGAGGAACAUUGAGUAUGGCCAACAAGGGCAAGAACACGAACAGCAGUCAAUUUUUCAUUGCUUACCGUGCUCUGCCUCAUCUCAACCUCAAGCACACUAUCUUCGGUCGUAUCAUCGAUGAUCCUACCCCAUCAUCUACUACUUUGAACGCACUUGAGACACACCCCGUGGAACCAACCACGAACCGACCAACCCCCGAAGUUCGCAUUAAAGAAAUCACGGUCUUUGUAGAUCCGUUCGAGGAUUUCCUCACUAAAAAACGGGCCGAAGAGUCUCGAGCUACAGGCGCCACCGGCCCUUCUGUAGAAGAAGAGGAUGAGAGAGUUCGCCGCGAGGAGGAUGAUCAAGUUACCUGGACAGGAAAGCGAGUCCGCGGUGCCGGAGCAGAUGCCAAAAAGGAGUCGGGCGACGUUGGAAUUGGAAAAUAUCUGAAGGCAGCAUUAGCAAACCGAGACCAGGGAAGUGAGGCCGUGGAGUUUGUGGAUGAUGAGCCCGAGCCUGCCCGUAAAAAGGCUAAGUCUGAAGGAUAUGGUAAUAUUAGUUCUUGGUAA